AUAUAACCGUCGUGCUGCGACCCCCGUUCGUCCGCUUCGACCGGCUGCGGAUCUACCUGCGGCGCAGCGAGGUUUCUGUGACUUUGAUAGCGGUGUGAAAAACUACAAAGUAACAAAAUGGCUGCGUUUGUGGCGAAGCAGAUGGUCGGAAACAAGCUCAAUGCGGUUAAAGGCGCGGUAGGCGGCGAAGGAGGUGACGAGGAUGACAAGGAGAAGGAAGAGGAAGCCGAGAGAGAGAGGCAAGAGGCUAUCAGGGAGGCUGAAGAACGAAGAAAGGAGAAACAUCGCAAAAUGGAAGAAGAACGAGAGAAGAUGCGGCAAGAGAUCAGAGAUAAGUAUAAUAUAAAGAAAAGGGAGGAGGUGCAAGAGAUGCCACAAGAAGAGCCUAAUCCUCUAAUGCGAAAGAAGAAGACACCAGAGGAAUUGGCGGCUGAAGCUGAAGCCGAAGACGAAGAUGAGUUCACUAAACUGAGAAAUACGAUAGAAACACAAGUGAACGAGAUCAAAUCGCAAAUUGAAAGUAAGUGCAGCCUCCAAUGAGCCUAUUGCAUCGCGCGGUUCACGAGAAAGAUGACAACGAUAUUAUACGUCGUCGCCGGACUCGUGUCCGCCCUGCUGCCCACAGGAAUAAAGGAGGAAAGAGUAGCGGAAGAGAUAACGAAGCAACGAGAAAAAGGAAAACUGAUACGUAGAGUCACCAACAUUGGAACGCCAUCGUCGUGUCGAUCAAUCGGAGAUCAAUUCCAGCAGUCGAUUGGUCGGUCGUUGCUUAAAGCAAAGUGAACGACGAGAAUGAGCCAGAAGAUAUAUUCCAAGGAUUUUUAAAGGAUUCCUGAAGGAUUUUUCAUUGUACCGUCACACAACUUUAGAUGCAACUUCAAAAAUUGAAAAGAUCCUGUCGAGGAUUUAUCCUGCAUAAGAUUUUUUAAAAUUAGAAAUUAAAAAAGAAUAUCUUUUAUGUAAAGAAACGUUAAUUGGAUUAUUAUCUAUCAAAAAAAAAGUGAAUGAUAUGAAAUAUCGAAAAUUGUAUUCAUGCAAGUUAUAAGAAAUUAAAAAAUCGAAAACU